AUGGCUCCACCGCCAGGAGGCUCCUCCCGAGGCUUUUCGACAAGCAGUGUUCGGAAAUGGCAGUAUACCUUUGCACAAGCACUGAACAUCGCCGGGCCCCGCUUCCCGAAGACUUCUAGGAGGACGCAGGUAGCUGUUAUUCCGGGAAGCCCCACGAUGCUGCAGGUGCUGCCUGUGGCGCUGAGGCUUCGAGAGCCUCCGCGAUUUCAACUUCCAGAUAUCCGCGGCAUGGAUAAUGGGGUGUUGGACAGCUACGUGGCUCACGUGAAUGAGUCAAAUCACCAAUCGACUUUGCUUAGGGAAGCAGAUGUCAUACAGGAGGCGGGGAAAUUCUUCGUUGACGUCGCGGCCAGCCUCGCCCCUUACUAUCUUGCCCGCUACGGCCUGAACGGCAGAUUCGACUGCGUGCGGGAGAACGCCUUCUCGGGGUCAGCCCCGGACCUCGUCUUCAGAUACAACGGCCGCGACAUCCUCGCGCUGGACUACAAGGGCCCAAACUGCAUAAACGAGAAUGAGCUGCUCUCCUGCUGCGCCACGUCCGUGGGGGAGGCGCUGGAGGCCAUCCGGGGCAAGAAGGCCUCGAAGAGACAGCAGUCUGACCCCAGCCUCGUGUCGGGCGUCAACCAGUGGACAGAGGGCCUCCUCAAGCAGGGGCUGAAGUACGCCAGCAACCGCCGGGUCUCGACGGUGCUGUUUUACGACUACGAUUAUCUCUUGGCCAUGCGGCCGCCCAGAGGGCUUGACCGGGGUAACAAUCUGAUGCUGAUGGACGUCACGAUCUGCCCCGAGUACACAAAGUCCACCGAGGACGGGCUGGUUGCUCACUCGGACAACCAUGCCAUUGUACUUUUGCGGUAUCUCAUUAUGGCUGCACAGGAGUGCGAGGAGAAGUCGGCAGGUUCAUCAAGCAGGUCCAAAAAGAAGUAG